AAACUCACUUCUCUCUCUCACUCACAUAUAAAAAUUUGGUGAUUACAAACACUAAUGCCAUAAGCUACAACACACAACACACACUAUGAUUCUCCACACACAAAAUCGUCACCAAACAAAGUCAAAUUCCGCCUCCUCAGAUCCAAGCAAGGUACGCAAAAACUCCUUCCACUGGCGGAGCGACUCUGGCGAGCUCGACGUUUUCGAGGCGGCGCGCUACUUCUCCGCCGCCAACGACCAUCUCAACGGCGUCAGAGAUCCAAACCGCCACCACCUCCCUCGCCGGAGCCUGGACGUCACGAUCAUGCGAUCAAAUCCAAUUCCUCCAGACUACCAUCACCAAAUCACAGACCAAAAGCAACCGAUCAAAGAUCAGAGUAAAAAGUUCAAGCAGCCGAGCUCCCCCGGCGGCCGCCUCGCCAGCUUCCUAAACUCUCUCUUCAGCCAAUCGUCGCUGAAGAAGAAGAAGAAAUCGUCAAAAUCCUCCGCCAAGGAUUUGGAAGAGGAGAGCCCCGGCGGGAGGAGGAAGAGGAGGAGCAGCAUCAGCCACUUCAGAAUCACGAGCAGCGCCAAAAACGCCGCCGCAGCAGAGAUCGGAUCUGGAUUUAGAACUCCGCCGCCUUACGUGAUUACUCCGACGAAAUCGCACAAGGAGGUGGCGCGAUUCGCCGAUCAGCGUCAUCAAGCGGUUUCCGUGCCGAUGAAAGGGACGAGUUUACAGCAGAGUUUGGAGAAAUUGAGGGUUUGUGAGAAGAUGAAUUUGAAAAAAUUGAGCGAAGAAGAGGAUGGGGCGGAGAGUGAUUCGAGUUCGGAUCUGUUUGAUUUGCCUAAUCAUGAAUUGGAUUUCUUUUCGAGUAGCUUGCCUGUUUACGAGACUACUCAUAUGGAAAGUAUUAGAAUUGGAACGCCUAUUUCCAGCGCAACAUAAAUAGGAGUACAUUUUUUUGGGAUAUAUUCAACCAUGCAUGAAUCAUUUUUAGAUUUUUUUUAUGUUAUUGGAGUAUCUUUUAAUCCCGCCAAACACCGUCGAUAAUCGUACGGGAUUUCACAUUGUA